AUGCAUUUACCUGACUUGUCUUCUAAUUCAACAAAUGAAAAUGUACAUCAGCAUGAUGAACAUGGUUUACUUAAAUCGUUUUUGCAAACACCAAAGAAAAGGCAGCGUCUUGUAAAGUUGAACUCAAAUGAUGGAAAUGAAUUUGCUUCACCAUGUAAACAGCAGUGUUUUCUAUAUCGUGAUAACAAGAAUGAUGAUAUUGAAAUAAAUGAUCAGAUUUCCAGUAAAACAUCUUGUCAAAAUUCUUAUCUACAUGAAGACUUUAUAGUUUGUGACAAUCGGACAGGGACUAACUCUGAACCUGGCAGUAGUACUGAGGAUUCGGUAUUCAUGAAAGAUGGUUCCACUAUGAAUUUACACAAAGAUGCAGAGAGAAAUCUCAUGAACUUAUCAGAUUCAGAAACUGCUAAAUUCAAAAAAAUUAUUUCCAUUGGUCCAGUUUAUGUUUGUUCAUGCUGUACUCAAACAUGGUUCAGAGAAGGUGUUCAAAAAGCAGAGUCAUUGUAUGUGUCUGCUUUAGCACAGCAAUGUUUAUUGGGUUUAAGAUGUGAACAGGGAGUUGAAUGGUUGUGUCACACAUGUUACAGAUCCAUUAAGAUGGGGAAAAUUCCAAGUUGUGCCAUUUAUAAUGGUUUCGGUUUUCCGUCCAAACCACCAGACCUAGAAGUUACGGAAAUGGAGGAGAGACUCAUAAGUCCUAGAAUUCCUUUUAUGCAAUUAAUGGAGAAGCCAAGAGGAGGUCAGAAAAGUUUAAGGGGUAAUGUUGUAAAUGUUCCGUCAGAUGUUAAUUCUACUGUAAAAUGUUUACCACGGACAUUAUCAGAAUCUGAGACAGUUCAAGUUAAACUGAAAAGGAAAAUUAGUUUUAAGAAUCAUGUGUUACAUGAAGCUAUCAGACCAAAAAAGUGUUUAAAUGCAUUGAAAUGGCUUUUACAGAACAGUGAAUUGUUCAGAAAUGAAGGUAUCACAAUAAAUGAGAACUGGGAUAUAAUGUCCGAGCAAUCUGAAUGGUUUGACUUUAAUGAAAAAUAUUCUACACUUGAUAAUAAUCAGAAUGACAGCAUGGAAAAUCUAAUAUCUUUGGAUGGUGAUGGAUGGACAGAAGAUGAAAAUUUUGAUGAAAGACUUACAGGAAAUACAGAUACAUUGUUGCACCCUAGUGAUGUAAGAUCAUUAAACAAAGUUUUCUCAUUUGCUCCUGGAGAGAAUCAAACUCCACUUGGACUGUAUCAAGACCCAGAUGCAGAAUAUUUAGCUUUUCCAACCUUGUAUUGUGGUCAAAGACGUCCAAACAAUAAAGACAGGCAUACACCUGUCACAUAUAGUACAAUCUGUAAAUGGGAGUUACGUUCACUUGAUCGUAGAGCGGCAUGUUGCAUGCCUAACCUUUUUUUCAAGCUGAAAAAAGUACAAAUAAAGCAAAUUCAGGAUAAAGUAGCUCUAGCAAUGAGGAAAUGUAAGUCAGAGGAAGAGAAAAUUACUGUUGGACAAGUUUUAAAUGACUCAUCUUUUGACAAGUUGGUAAGAUUAAAUGAAGGGUAUAGAGUUUUGCGAACAUUACGUGGUUCACCUGCAUAUUGGGAAAAUGCAAAAAAAGACAUCUUUGCAAUGAUUAGACAGCUUGGAGUUCCAACCUGGUUUUGCUCCUUCUCAGCUGCUGAAACAAAAUGGACAGGUCUACUUCGUAUUCUUAGUCAAUUGUUGAAUAACAGAAAUUUGACAGAUGAAGAAAUUCAUAAUUUAUCAUGGAUAGAUAAAUGUGAACUGAUUAAAAGAGAUCCUGUUACCUGUGCAAGAUACUUUAGUCAUCGGUUUCAAACAUUCUUAACCCAUAUUCUGAAAGGCAAAACACAGCCUUUAGGAGAGAUAAGGGACUAUUUUUGUCGUGUAGAAUUUCAGCAAAGAGGAUCCCCACACAUACAUAUGCUGAUAUGGAUAAAGAAUGCCCCAAAGUUUGAAGUCAAUUCUCUUAAAGAAAUACAAUCAUUUAUUGACAAACACAGCACAUGUGCUAAAAAUGAAAACAUUGCUGAACUCAUAAACUACCAGACACACAGACAUGCUCGAACAUGCAAGAAAAAAGGUCAAAAUAUAUGUCGCUUCAAUUUCCCAUUACCACCAAUGUCUGAAACAACUAUCCUUAAACCUCUUGAAGAAAAGGACUUUGAGAACAAUCCAGAGGUACAAAAGAACUAUACAAGAAUUUGUGAAUUUCUGAAUAAUGUGAAUUUGGGAGAAUUGAUGACAUUUGAGACUUUCCUUCAAAACUUGGAAAUGUCUGAAGAGGUUUACAUAAUGGCGAUUCGGUCAUCCCUGAAAUCUCCGAAAGUUUUCUUAAAACGUCAAGUGCCAGAAAUAAGAGUGAAUUCCUAUAAUGAGAUGCUACUCAAGUCUUGGGAGGCAAACAUUGAUGUACAGUUCAUAUUAGACAGUUAUGCCUGUGCUGCUUACAUAGUCUCCUAUUUAUCAAAGUCGCAGAGAGGAAUGUCAAAUUUGCUGCACGAGGCAUGUGAAGAAGCUAGAAAGGGAAAUUUAUCCCUUAAACAACAGGUGAGACAAAUUGGAAACAAAUUUCUUACACAUGUUGAAAUUAGUGCACAAGAGGCAGCAUAUUUACUUUUGCAGAUACCUUUGCGGUUGAGCUCUAGAACAGUGGUUUUCAUAAAUACAAAUGAACUAGAAAACAGAACAUUUUUAUUGAAGCCAUUAGAAGUAUUGCAAGAACUGCCAGACAAUUCAACAAAUAUCCAGUCUGAUAAUUGGAUAAAACGCUACCAAAGAAGGCCUAAGGCAUUAGAACAUUGUUGCCUAGCAGACUUUGUGUCAAAAUUUGACAUAAUCUUACCACCUAAAGACAAAAGACAAAUGUUGAAUAAUGAGUACCUGCCUGAAAAUGAAUUGGAAGAGGAAAAUGAUGAUGAUUUAAUUCAUGGACAAACUAAUGACAUACAAGUUGAAGAUUUUGAGAAGGAAUACCCCAUGACAGAUGGUUCAAUCUUGAAGCAUAGGAGAGUACAAAAAAUAAUCAGAUUUGUAAGGUUUAACAAGAAUCAAGAUCCAGAAAACUAUUUUAGAGAACAGCUUAUGCUGUUUUUACCUUGGCGAAAUGAACUGUCUGAUUUAAAGGGAACACAUGUGAAUUAUGAGACGAGUUUCAUUCAAUACCAGGAAAAAGUUCUGUUGAAGAAAAAUGCUUAUGCACUUGACAAAGGUGUAGCUGAUAUUGUGGAAGACAAUAUGCUUCAUAUAUCUGUUGACAAGGAAGAGGUGAUUGCAGCUGAAGUUCAGCAUAGUGAAGAAUUAGACUUAAGCUCGGAAAAAAAAAAUUGCAUGGAUCAUGGUUGCUUUAUUCCUGAGUCAAUUGGAGUUUCUUAUGAUUUAGGAUUAGAUCUAGGAAUAUCCAGAAAGCAGGUGGCAAUUAAUGAUCUUUUAGUAAAUGCAAUGGAUGACAGAGACUAUAUCGAACUGGUAAGGUCACUAAAUGUAAAUCAAAAAUUCUUCUUCUAUCAUGUUUUGCACAAAGUGAAAACGAAGCAACUUCCUCUAUAUUGUUUUUUAUCAGGAGGUGCGGGAGUAGGGAAAAGUGUUCUCACAACUUGUCUCUAUCAAAGUAUUGUUCGUUUCUAUUUCAAAUGUCUGUCAGACAAACCAGAUGAAAUAAAAGUUGUUCUCUGUGCUCCCACUGGUAAGGCUGCUUUCAAUAUACAUGGGCAAACAAUUCACUCCUUGUUUUGCAUCCCUGCCAACCAAAAUUUGAGGUAUACUCCUUUGGAUGUUCAACAGUUAGACUCAAUGAGGGUCAAGUUUCGUUGUCUCAGAAUGGUAUUUAUUGAUGAAAUAUCUAUGGUAGGCAAUAAAAUGUUCAAUUUUAUCAAUAUGCGUCUUCAAGAAAUUUUUGCCAAUGAUCAGCCCUUUGGUGGUAUAAGUAUUGUAGCAAUUGGUGACUUGUUUCAGUUGAAACCAGUAUUUGAUGGUUGGAUCUUUGAGAAUUUAUGUGAAGGCUAUGGACCACUUGCAAUGAACUUAUGGGGAGAUCUGUUUAAAAUGUAUGAGUUAACAGAAAUUAUGAGGCAGAAAGAAGAUAAAGAUUUUGCAGAGUUACUAAAUAGGCUUCGUGAAGGUCUGCAGUCAGAUGAUGAUGUUAGAAUGUUAUGUUCAAGGCAAGAUUGUCUUGACAAAGGUCAGAAUCCUGAUAAAUUGCCUCAUUUGUUCACAACAAAUGUAAAAGUUAAUGACCAUAACAUGGCAGCAUUUCGGAAUGCUCCUUUUGUAAAAAAGUGUGUUAUCCCAGCAAUUGAUUUUGUCUCUGGAGAUGUGGCUAAUGAUGUGAAACAUAAGAUUUUGAACCAAAUGUCAAAUGACCCAUCCAAAACAAUGGGUCUGUUUAAGGAACUCUAUCUUGUAGAGGACUUGCCUGCAGAAAUUUGUAUCAACAUUGAUGUAAAUGAUGGCCUGACUAAUGGUACGCCAUGUAUAGUGAAAAAAUUUGAUUUCAAAGUCGAAAAUUCCACCAGAUGUAGUAUUGUGUGGGUGCAAUUUGAACUUGAGAAUAUUGGAGCUUCUAACAGAAUGAAAUACUCCAAAUAUUAUAAUGAUGCAAUAUCAAAAUCAUGGACUCCAAUUCUUGAAGUAUCCAAAAAAUUUACUGUUGGAAGAAACAAGACCUGUCAUGUGUGCAGAAGACAAUUUCCAUUGCGAUUAGCCUGUGCCAAAACAAUACAUAAAGCUCAAGGCUCUACUAUGAAAAAAGCUGUCUUGGAUUUGGGAAAAAGAAAACAGGAACAUUUGCAUUAUGUUGGUUUGAGUAGGGUUCGAAGUUUACAAGACUUGCAUAUUUUAGAAUUGAAUGAUAAGAAAAUAGCUGUCUCCCCUAAAGUUAUUGAUGAAAUGAGAAGGCUCCGUGAGCAUGCAUCUCUGUCACUCUGUUUACCAAAUCUACAGAACAUUACAAGUGAUGUGAAAAUAGUAUUCCACAAUUCAAGAUCUCUUCAUAAGCAUAUUGAAGACUUGAAAAGUGAUAUAAAUUUGACUUCAGCAGAUAUAAUUGCAAUAUCAGAGAGUAGAUUGAACAGAUUAGAUAUUGAUGGUAUUUAUGAAAUUCCUGGUUUUUAUAUGUUUAGGUUUGAUGGGACUGAUAAAUCUGACAAUGAUAGACCAUUUCAUGGAAUGGUUGUAUACUCAAAAAUAGAUUUCAUUGAAAUAGAAUAUUGUAUUAUUCUUGGAAUUGCAACAGUAUUUGCAUCUUUCCUGUUUCAAGACAUGAUAAUGAAUGUUGCAUUUCUAUACUGCCCACCCAAGUUUUCUAGUAUAGCAAAUUUCACCAAAUACUUACAAACUAUAAUGCAAGCAAAAUUUUAUAAAGCUGGUCCGGUCCUGAUACUUGGUGAUACAAACAUUGAUUUCAAUUCCCAGAAGUCAUUGACAUCAAAUUUGCGAAAACUUGGACUGCGACAACUCAUGCACAGUAGUACUACAGACUAUGACACUUGCUUGGACCAUGUUUACUCCACGUUAAUGUCAAAUUCUGAUAUAUCAUGUGCAACCCUAGAUUCUUACUACUCGGAUCAUAAACCCAUAGUUGUUUAUUUACCAAAGUAA